GUGGCCUGCGGCUCCCGGGCGAGUAGCGCCGCUCGCGGUCGAGCUUACUGAUCUGCUGUGUGGAACCGCGAGUCUAGGGUGCUUGUCGCCGGCUACAGCUCAGCCCAGCGCCGCCGACGCCGUCGGCCCCCAGCCUCCACCAUGGACUUCGAGGACGAUUACACACACUCUGCUUGCAGGAAUACUUACCAGGGCUUUAAUGGAAUGGAUCGUGACUAUGGUCCUGGAUCUUAUGGAGGGAUGGAUCGUGACUAUGGCCAUGGAUCCUAUGGGGGUCAAAGAUCCAUGGAUUCCUACCUAAACCAGUCAUAUGGCAUGGACAAUCACAGUGGUGGUGGUGGGGGUAGCAGGUUUGGACCUUAUGAGUCUUACGACUCCAGGUCUUCUCUGGGUGGGCGAGAUCUGUACAGAUCUGGCUAUGGUUUUAAUGAACCCGAACAAAGCCGCUUCGGAGGUAGUUAUGGUGGUCGAUUUGAGAGCUCCUACCGGAAUAGCCUUGACUCUUUCGGAGGUAGAAACCAGGGCGGGGCUAGCUGGGAAGCACCUUACUCCCGUUCAAAAUUGAGGCCUGGGUUUAUGGAGGACAGAGGAAGAGAGAAUUACUCUUCCUACAGCAGUUUUUCUUCACCCCAUAUGAAGCCUGCACCUGUAGGCUCUCGGGGGAGAGGAACGCCUGCUUAUCCUGAAAGUACGUUUGGAAGCAGAAACUAUGAUGCUUUUGGAGGACCAUCAACAGGCAGAGGCCGAGGCCGAGGACAUAUGGGUGAUUUUGGAAGCAUUCAUAGACCUGGAAUUGUUGUUGACUAUCAAAACAAACCCACCAAUGUGACAGUUGCUGCUGCAAGAGGAAUAAAGAGAAAAAUGAUGCAACCAUUUAAUAAGCCUGGUGGAACCUUUAUCAAGAAACUCAAGCUAGCAAAACCCAUGGAGAAGAUGAGCCUCAGCAAGUCACCUACAAAAACUGAUCCCAAAAAUGAAGAAGAAGAAAAGCGACGAAUUGAGGCUCGACGGGAGAAACAAAGGCGCAGAAGAGAGAAAAACAGCGAGAAGUAUGGAGAUGGAUACAGAAUGGCAUUUACAUGUUCAUUUUGUAAAUUUCGAACAUUUGAAGAAAAAGAUAUUGAACUGCAUCUGGAAAGUUCUUCACACCAGGAGACAUUAGAUCAUAUUCAGAAACAAACCAAAUUUGAUAAAGUAGUUAUGGAGUUUUUGCAUGAAUGUAUGGUGAAUAAAUUCAAGAAAACAUCUAUUCGUAAGCAACAGACAAAUAAUCAAACAGAAGCAGUCAAAGUAAUUGAAAAAGAUGUUAUGGAAGGUGUCACUGCAGAUGAUCACAUGAUGAAAGUAGAGACUGUUCACUGCAGUGCUUGUAGUGUGUAUAUCCCCGCUUUGCACAGUUCAGUUCAGCAGCACUUAAAGUCGCCUGAUCACAUCAAAGGGAAGCAGGCUUAUAAGGAACAAAUAAAACGAGAGAGUGUCUUGACUGCUACAAGCAUUUUAAAUAAUCCAAUAGUGAAAGCACGAUAUGAACGUUUUGUUAAGGGUGAGAAUCCUUUUGAAAUUCAAGAUCAUUCCCAGGAUCAGCAAAUAGAAGGAGAUGAGGAAGAUGAAGAAAAGAUUGAUGAGCCUAUUGAAGAAGAGGAGGAUGAAGAGGAAGAAGAAGAAUCAAAGGGAGUAGAAGUGGAGGAAGCAGAGGAAGCGGAGGAAGCAGAGGAAGCAGAGGAGGAGGAAGCAGAGGAAGCGGAGGAAGCAGAGGAAGCAGAGGAAGUGGAGGAAGUGGAGGAAGCAGAGGAAGCAGAAGAUGUGGGAGAAACUGGAGGAGUAGAGGGCGAGGGGGACACCGAAGGAGGUGGGGAAGUAGGGGCAGAGGGGGAAGUGGAAGAAGCCGGGGGAGUAGAGGAAGAAGAAGCAAAGGAAGAGCCUUCUGAUUUCCCCGUUGAGCAGCCUGAAGAAAAUUAAAUAUAAGGUAUUAGAUUUAAAAGGAGCUUUAAAUUUCUGUGCUAAUGUGGAAAAGGGUAAGAAUUUUAAUAGCUUAAAAAUAAGAGUUAACAUCCAUCUUGCAUGAAUUCCACAUGUUAAAAUUGUGUUUUAUAUAAUUUCUAAAUGUUUGGCAUUUGUUUAAUAAAAUGAAGGUAAGACUAUUUUAGUUUAGUUUUUAUAGUUACCAAACUAGAUCUGAUCAAUUGUUUGUAUAAUUUUUAAGCUUGAUUUUUAUUACUUUAUUGGUGUUAAAGAUAAUUACUGUACAUUGUUAGUAAUCUAUUCUAAUCAUUUGAACUUAAAUGCUGCUCUUGGGAGUGAAUAUUCAAGUGUGCAUUAAUUUUUUGAAUACUUACCCUAGAAGAGGUAAAUUGGGCAAGUAUUUUGUGCUCUGACUGUGUAUUUUUUUACAGCCUUGGAUGUUGAAUAGUAAUGUGCGUUGAAAGAUCCACUUAAAGGCUUUUGUGACCAUGUUUCCCUUUGUAGCAAUAAAAUGUUUUUUAUAAAAUCUUUCACCCUGAAUUAGCAAUUUAAAUGAAGCAGUUCAUCAAUUAAAUGAAUAAUUAAAAAUCAAGAUUUGCCUUAACGUAUGAGUUCAGGUCACAAGUAUUUCAAGGUGAUUGAGAGGACUUGAAUUGAAAAUUUUUUCUCAAUCAUAUUUUUAAAAUGUAUGACUAAAAUAUUUUUUUUAACACAUUUCAAAUAGAGGUCAGCCUGUAACUGGCCUUGUUUAUACUUGUUUUAGUUUGUUCCUUUUCUCUGUGCCCAUGUCAGAUCUUGAAAUCUUCCUGAAAAUACAUUUAAAUACAAAG